CCUCGUCCCCGAAAAGGGUGGGUGGGUGGUCGGUCGCCCGAGCGAAGUUUCCAGCGCCUGAUUCCUGCGAAAAUACGACGCCUCACCAGCGCCUGUUUUGCUGUCUUUCCCCCUUUUUCCUGCUCCCUGACUCUUCCCUCCCCUUUCCCCCACUCCUCACUCCGCCGAAGGCCAAAAAGACAAGCAAAACCUGCCGCAGAUGAAGGCUUUUGGGAUUGUAGCGUCUGCACCUUCAGAAACAGCGCCGAAGCCUUCAAAUGCAGCAUCUGCGAUGUGAGGAAAGGCACCUCUACCAGAAAACCUCGGAUCAACUCCCAGCUGGUGGCACAGCAAGUGGCACAGCAGUACGCCACCCCCCCACCCCCGAAGAAGGAGAAGAAGGAGAAGGUAGAGAAGCAAGACAAAGAGAAACCAGAGAAAGACAAGGAAAUUAGUCCUAGUGUUACCAAGAAGAACACCAACAAGAAAACAAAACCAAAGUCUGAUAUUCUGAAAGAUCCUCCUAGUGAAGCAAACAGUAUACAGUCUGCAAAUGCUACAACAAAGACCAGUGAAACGAAUCACACCUCAAGGCCCCGGCUGAAAAAUGUGGACAGGAGCACUGCACAGCAGUUGGCAGUAACUGUGGGCAACGUCACCGUCAUUAUCACAGACUUUAAGGAAAAGACUCGCUCCUCCUCGACGUCCUCAUCCACAGUGACCUCCAGUGCAGGGUCUGAACAGCAGAACCAGAGCAGCUCGGGCUCAGAGAGCACAGACAAGGGCUCCUCCCGUUCCUCCACGCCAAAGGGCGACAUGUCAGCAGUGAAUGAUGAAUCUUUCUGAAAUUGCACAUGGAAUUGUGAAAACUAUGAAUCAGGGUAUGAAAUUCACAUCCUCCACCUGCCCAUGCCGCUUGCAUCCCUGGAGAAUCUUCUGUGGACAUCGACCUCUUAGUGAUGCUGCCAGGAUGAUUUCUGCUUGCCAUGGGCAUCUGGCCACCAAGGAAUUUCGCACCCUGACGAUUACUCUUGACACUUUUAUGUAUUCCAUUGUUUUAUAUGAUUUUCCUAACAAUCAUUUAUAAUUGGAUGUGCUCCUGAAUCUACUUUUUAUAAAAAAAAAUCUGCUGUGCACAAUUUUCCAUGUACAUUACAACUGGUUUUUUGUUUUUGUUUUGUUGGGGAGGGGGUGGGCUGGGAGGGGGAGGGAUCUUUUAUUUAUUGUGUUCACAGACUCCAUCCUUUCAGCAUAUCCUUUUAAGUUUAGUUCUUCCUUCCAGUUAUACUAUGUACUAUCAGUUUUGAUAUAACUAUAUAUAUAUAUAAAUAUAAAAUUAUAUAUAAAGGGUUAUUUGAAACCAAUCCAUGGCAACGCUGGUGCUUGAUACACUGUGAAGUGAAUACAACAUUGAACAGUCACAGAUCUGGGACAGUCCCUUCUAUGAAAGUGCUGAAAUUAAAUCAAAAUCAGUCUUACGUGAAGUAUGUUCCAGCCCACAUGGGAACUUGACUCUCAUCUGUCUAAAGAGUACUGGACGAUAGAAAAAUAUAUAUUUUUUAAGCAAUGUGAGCUCACAUUUAAAGACUGCUCCAGAUAGCCUGCAUUUGCGGUGGAAUAACUGACAAAUCACAAGCGGUUUAGUUGGGAGGGCUUUGAUCGUUCAGAAGUAACUAAACUAGCUCCAGAAUGCCAAGUAUUCGUGUAAAUUACGGUUACAUGUUAACAUUGCUGUUCUUACAUAAGCACUCAUGAAAAUACGGUAUUCUGUAACUCGAAUUCCAUCCAUUUUCCAGACUUCUCCUCAUGUCUGAGGUAAAUCUAUGAAGUGUCUCUUAGUUUUAGGAUUAAAACCGUCUAAACUGUUUUUGGUCCAUCCAAGAAGCAAACCCCUGUGUCCACUUUGCACGUAACAUCGCAGCAGUGGUUUGUGUGAUCAUUUGAAAUUUGUUUGCCUCAUGUCUCCUCGUUUCCCUUACCCUACCAGCUCAGUCGCAAAAUGUCUUUCUCUUAAAAUUUAGCCUUGUCUGUUUGACUGCACAAAGGUUAUCAGCCACACAGCCAGUCCCGACAUGGAGCUUGUCAGUGUCUGGAGACAUUUCCCAAGUCCCCGCCGCGGGAAGGACCUCCGUGGUGAGCGGUUGAAGCGCUGGCAGGCAGGGCUGCAGGGGGGAAGCUCCUGCUUCCUGAGAGUGUGUGAUCUCUUUCUUCCUCGACAUAAAGACAGCUUGAGUCAACUCAAAAACAAAACAAAACAAAACUUUUUUUCACUUUUUUUUUUUAAACUGUCUUGCAAAAACAAUUUAAAAAAAAAAAAACAGGAAAAGGAAAAGGACCACUGGUACGGAUCCACCCCUCCUCAUUUUUGAAAUGUUUUAUUUUGUCUUACUUUGUUUGGUUUAGGGUCUGUUGUGUUUGACUUUUACAUUCAUUCGCUGAAUUCAUAGACUAAAUUUAGAGUCAUUUCAAGCACGGGAACUUGAUGUCACCUUCCUUUAUCUGACCAUUCUGUUUAGGGACUUUCUCGGGAGGGCGGCAGGUUGGUAAUGAAAUACCAUAUUUUGGUGUGAAAAACCUGGUUUGCUUAAGAAUAGAAGUAACUUCUGUCUGUGGAGGCAACGAGUAAAAAGAACAAUUAACAGCUUGAUUUGAGUAGCCAACAGGAAAGGCUCCUUUCACAUUUACAUUAAAACUAUUCUGUAGUCACUAAUGUACCAUCAUUUAAAUUCUGUUCUCAAAGGUGUAGAUGAUAAAGCAGUGCCAUUUGUUGCUGUGGUCCUACUCUCAAAUGCACGGACAAUGUUCCCCCCUUUUAAAAAUACCGCUUGUAUCUGGGAUGCAAGCUGUGCUUACCUUUUUAAAUACAUUUUUAAAGUAUUUAUUAAUGAACCAAAGGAAAUCAGAUGCUUUCUGUAAGCAUCAGGCUAUAUAAUACAUAGUGAUUUGACUAUGACUUUUAAAUCCACAUUUUAAUAUUAGUGGGGUAUUGCAAAGACAUUCCUUCUAAAGUUUUAAUAUUCCUUUUAUUAAGGGUCUCAGGGAGGGUAAAUUAGUCAGCCAUAUUUAUUUUCCAGAGAUGUAAGGAAUUGCUAAGUUUUUUAAUUAACUUUUUAAAAAAAAACUUAAAAUGCCACCAAACUCGUGGGUUGCACUGCUUUUGGAACCAAUAAGUGUUGGUAUGCACUUUGUUCAGAAACACUGUGUACUUUUUCAAAAUUAGUUUCAUGUAAAGUGAUUGGACCCCUAGAUUAGUGGAAAAAGCUGAUUAACCAGCUACUCAUAGGCUGCUAAUUAAUUCAUUGCCAGUGUCUUGGUUUUUCAGUUUUGCCUCCAUGAUAAUUCAAGAAUAAAUUAAAGGAUGGGGAAGGGUGAAGGAAGGGAGGAUUGCUUUAGAACAGGUGAGAUGACGAAAUUGCCAUUUUGCUAGAAACUGCAGCUCACAGUGGGACUUCUCAGCAAUCGGAUGGUAUUGGGCCCGUUUUUCAGCUGCUGUUGUGAAUUCUUUUACGGUAGGUGAUAGGGACUUAAGGCUUAAUUUCUGAAAUGAUGACAUCCCUCAGGCAUGUAUUCUGGAAAUGGAAUUCCUGUAACUCCUGCGUUUGCAGUUUGCCCUACAACUAGUAGGCAGCGCGUAAAACACUAGUGUAGAUGAUAAAGGUGUAUGUUAAAAAAGGAUCAGAAAUACUUGGUAUUCGGCGGCACAGUAAGCAGGUUAUGAAAACAAACAAACAAAAAGCACAGUGUUAACACUUGCAAGUUUCCAUUUGUUUUAAUACCACAGGAUCUUUUCGAUCUUUCACACUCGUGCGUGCGCACACACAGAGCUUAACUGACCUGCUCUGCUUGAGUCAUGCAGUUCGGAAAGGGGAAAAAAAAAAGGUAAAGACAUCUUGACACCCAGAAAAUAUUUUAAGCAAAAUCUUUCAGUUUCAAUUUGGAUAGUUAAAAACAUUGGCAGAAGCUUCUGUGAGUUUAGUUCCACUAAGAUGUUUCACCUGCCUUAUCAAGACCAUUCUCAGUCUACUUUUUUAAGCUACCGUAUCUUAAAUUAUUGAAAAUUUAUUAAUUGCUGAAUAUAUAAUAACCUUUGCUUGUAUGUAACCGAAAAUGGUUUAAGAGCCAACAUUUAGAGUAUGACAAUGGAGCUGAACAGUUUUUAAUGCGCAAGCAGUUCUGUUCUUGUGUAUGACUUGUAACCUUAAUUUACUGUGUAAAGAUGGUUACAUUAUUUCCUUAGCUUUGUUUGUUGGAGACAAAUAGAGAAUGCUUGUUAAGUAUGUCAAAACAUAAUCUUGUGAAUUUUUGUUAAUGUAUUAUACGAGCUAUAUUUUUCAUUUGCCCAGAAAGACAGCUUGUAUAACGCUUUUGGAAGUUUCUGCUCUGUAACGUCUUUAGAGCUGACAGUCUGUUAGGUUUGUUUUUUUCUUCAUGCUAAAGUGUCAGUUUGGUGGUUUUGUGAACUGGUCAGAGAUUCACAGGUCUUAAAUGUUUUGGGGAAAUUUAUAUUGGACACUGCUCUUUGUCUAGCAAAUAAAAGAUGUUAAUAUAUUCCUGUUACUGGCAUGUGCACGACUAUGUUAUUAGAAGCCACUUUAUCAUUUCCCUGCUUUAAAUAGAAAUGUCUAUUUAUGAAUUCUGCUUGUAGUUUUUUCACAAAUAAAAUAGUAAAAUU